UACAUUUCAAUGGAUUUGAUCCGAUGCUGAUGCGACAUCCUCCGAUAGUCCGAUCUCUAUUUCUGUUCGUGUACACCCUCCUUCAUGACGCCAUUCAGAAUUUAUGGUUGUUACUCAUCGAAUUAUAACACACACGAACCGUUUCCCCGGCCCUCCCACAUAUACAGUAGCUUGCGCGCGCCUCCUAGCUUAGCUUACUACGUCGUCGUCAGUCGUCACAGCGAGUGCACAGCAUGAGCAAGCUCGACUACUGCUUCAGCAAUGACUACAUGGUGCUGCGGCCGGACAGGGCCGGCCCGGCUGAGCUCCUGCACCUCCUCUUCUCGCCCAAGGUCGGCCGGAACAGGGCCGUCGACUGCUUCACCAGCACCGAGAUCCGCAGCUUCGGCCGGCGCCUGGCCAUCUUCUUCAACCUUCUCCUGCAGAUCGCCCUCCUCGCGCUAGCGGGCCCAAUGGCCGCCCUCGGCGCGGCCGUCGAGUUCAUGCUCAACCUCGUCGACAACAUCCUCCACGGGAGGAUGGAGUAUCCUGAUAAAUCGUCGCCCACGUACCGGUCUAUGACCGGGCUCAUCGACCGGAGAGUCGAUCUGGACAGGAGCAUCAAGCCGACGGACAACCGGUACGACGCCGCGCUCUGCGUCAUGGCGUCCAAACUGGCCUACGAGAACGAGGCCUUUAUCCGCAACGUAGUCAUGCGCCACUGGCAGAUGGAGUUCGUGCGUUUCUACAACUGCUGGAACGAGUUCCAGAACGCGUACACGGCGCAGGCGUUCGUGUUCUGCGACAAGCCGGUGGACGCGGACCUGAUCGUGGUGGCGUUCCGCGGGACGAGGCCGUUCGACGCGGCGGGGUGGUGCGCCGAUCUGGACCCGUCGUGGUACAAGAUCCCCCGGCUCGGGCGCGCGCACGCCGCCUACACCCACGCGCUCGGCGCGCAGCGCAACAUCGGCUGGCCCAAGUGGGUGGAGCACGUCAAGGGCAAACCCCAAAAGGUGUUCGCGUACUACACGAUCCGCGACUCGGUGAAGGAGCUGCUGGAGGCGAACAAGAAGGCGAGGCUGCUGGUGACCGGGCACGGGUCCGGCGGCGCGCUGGCGGUGCUGUUCCCGGCGAUCCUGGCGUACCACAAGGAGAAGGUGGUGCUGGACCGUCUGGCCGGGGUGUACACGUUCGGGCAGCCGCGGGUCGGGGACGCCAUGCUCGCCAUGUUCGUGGAGAGGAACCUGGACAGGCCCAAGAAGCGUUACUUCCGGAUCACCUACGGCAACGACCCGCUGCCGCGGCUUCCCAACGAGAGCUUCGCCGUCCAUUUCCUGCACUUCGGGCUUGGCCUCCACUUCGACAAAUCAUACAAGCUAAAGGUGCUGAGGGACAUACCUGGCGAGGCGAGCUCCUCUUCGCCACUGGACUUCGUGACGAGCCGCAUCAACUCGGCAUGGGAGCUCGGACGCAGCGUGCACCUGGGCUACCGCCGGGGCGCGUACUUCCGAGAAGGGUGGCUGCUGCUGCUGAUGCGGGUCCUGGCGCUGGCGCUGCCCGGCCUGCCGUUCCACAGGGUACAGGACUACAUCAACGCCAUCGUACUCGGCGCGUACAUUCCCAAGGAUAACUGAGCCGUCAGAGCCCUGCUUAUAAUCAGCUGAUCCAUGCAUAUACAGUAUGCAGAAAAUUCCAGUCAUAUAUGCUGAGGUCGUCCAACUUGGAUUGCAGGGGCCUGCAACUACAAUGACAUGACCUGCAUCGAGUGACCUAUGACAUUUAAUGUUUUAACGUACUUGUAACAUUACACCGAGAGCCAACGACGGUCCGUCGUGCAUGUGAGCGCUUGCUGUACUGAACUAUGAACAAGAUAAUGCAGCUCUUAAAUAAAGAAUGUAAGCAUAACUAACUCUUAUGUA